AUGGAUGAGAUCACGGACCUCUGGGAACAUUUUAAAUCGACGAACGAUGAAAAUGAGACUGUCACUAUUGAUAGAGGAAAGCCGAUUUUGACAGCUGACAAUGUGAAGCUUUGUGUGGUGGCGAAACUUCAUACAAGCAAAAGGAUUAGUGCCGAGGCAAUUCGAUCUGUGAUGAAAUCGGUGUGGAGGGUUCACAAUUCCACAAGAUUUGAACCUUUGGGAAUGAAUAUUUAUGUCAUUCUUUUCAAAUCUCUGUCUGAAAAGAGCAGGGUUCUAAGUUCGGGUCCUUGGACCUUUAAUAAAUCGUUACUGGUUCUCACCUCGCCUACAGCAACAAACCAACCGUUGGACAUGAAUUUCAACUUCUGUGCCUUUUGGAUCCAGAUCCAUAAUAUUCCUUUUGAAUGUAUCUCAACGGAAAUGGCUAACAUUCUUGGAGCAAAGCUAGGAGACGUCGAGGAAAUUGAAGGGGAUGGAGCUGAUGGUUGGGCAGGACCUUUCAUUCGAGUUAGAGUGAAAAUUGACGUAUCGAAGCCAUUGCGACGUGGAAUAAAGCUUAAGAAUAGUGACGGCAAGGAUAUAUGGUGCCCCCUUCGAUAUGAAAAGCUUCCAGAUUUCUGUUAUGAGUGUGGUAAGAUUGGCCAUUCUGGGCGGGAGUGUGAACAGCGAUCAAAGGUUGUUACAACCAAUUCUCCGGAACAAUAUGGGGAUUGGCUGCGGGCCACCUUACUGAAAAAGAGUGUUUCUCAUCCUGAGGAGGAGGUGUUUUGGAGAGGAGGGCGUUUUGGUAGAGGACACCAAGUUAACGGAGGUCGUGGCGGACGUGGAGAUUGGCGCCGGCGUGAUGAGAACUGGAGAGAUAUUGACGGGCCGGAGUCCAGCCACCGGCGAGCGGUGGAGGAAGGUGUAGAUCGGGUGCCGAAUGAGGAAAGUGUAACAGCAGCGGAAAUCACGCUAAGGCAGGCGAAGAUCACGUCACAGCAUUUAGUUGAGCAAUCAAUUCUGAAUGAUGGCCAAGCCGUUAGAAUCUGA